GGGCCCUUCUAGCCAGUUAGAGCUAUAGAGUUGAGGCGCCACGGACCUCGACGGCGUCCUUAGUAGGCGCUCCUUUCCGGUUCUUCGCGGGAAGCCCUGUCUUCUGAGGUCUCGCUCCUCGAGCAGUUCUGAGGGAGAGAGGCCUACAGGGAGAGAACUUCCUUUCUGUGCUGCCCGGACCCGGAACUCAAGGACUUAGGCUUGACCGACCUGGCGUAGGGAAGAGUUAGAAGACGGACAAGGGAGGGGACGGGUGGCCGGGAGGCCUCUGAGACAGCGCCGGAAGACGGUUUUCGGAGGGAUCCGACUCAGACUCACGUCGCACUCCUCGCAGUGGGACUGGUGGGAACUGGGAACGCUGGAGACCUGAUUUCGAGGUGACGCUACCGUCGCGGCCGCCGGCAAGUUCCUUUACUGUGUUUUCUUGGCUCAGCCUUGAAGUGAGUCGUGGACGAUCCUCUCUCAGCGUCCAGCCUGGACAGCGGGGUUGCUCCGGCAGCGUUCCUGGGAGCCCAGGGCCAGAGACUGAGUUAAAAGGCCCCUCCCCAUCUUCAGAACAGUCCUGGGUUCUGAGCCUGCCAUCCAAGGAACUCAGGAGGAGGAGUUGACAGUCUCUUCGUUCCUAACCACCCUGGGACAACUUCAGCAUGUCUCAGGCCACCAAGAGGAAGCAUGUGGUGAAGGAGGUGCUGGGGGAGCACAUCGUGCCCUCCGACCAGCAGCAGAUUGUCAGGGUACUCAGGACCCCAGGGAACAAUCUGCAUGAGGUGGAGACAGCCCAAGGGCAGCGCUUCCUGGUGAGCAUGCCCUCUAAAUACCGCAAGAACAUCUGGAUCAAGAGAGGAGACUUUCUCAUUGUUGACCCCAUUGAAGAGGGAGAAAAGGUGAAGGCUGAGAUCUCGUUUGUGCUCUGCAAGGACCACGUGCGCUCCCUGCAGAAGGAGGGCUUUUGGCCUGAGGCCUUCUCUGAAGUGGCUGAGAAACACAACAACAGGAACAGACAAACUCAACCAGAACUCCCAGCUGAGCCACAGUUAUCAGGAGAGGAGUCCAGCUCAGAAGAUGAUUCUGACCUGUUUGUUAACACAAACCGCAGACAGUAUCAUGAGAGUGAGGAGGAGAGCGAAGAGGAGGAGGCCACCUGAGACUCCAGGACCCACUUUUCCACUUGCUCAGGGAUGGGCCCCUGGCUCUUCUGGGCUUGGACAUUCCCAGGGUGCUUUGCAGAUCUUCACCCCUGGAUGGGGACAAAGCAGGGCCCCUCUCUGAACUGAUGUUUUGAUUAGGAGAAUUAAACCCCUGGUGGGUUGGUGACUUGU